ACAUUACAUUCAUUUGGCAGACGCUUUUAUCCAAAGCGACGUAAGGACACUGCAAACGACCUCGACGCUAAGGUAACAUGGUCAACAUUGGAUCCAUUCUGAAAACCCACUGGGUCAGUGUUCUUGUACCCCUUGGGUUUGUGAUUGGGGUUUACCUGGACAGAGUGAACGAUGGAAAACUCGCUGCAUUCAGGAACAAGAGUGUACUGUACAGCAGGGAGCUGAAGCCAGGAGAAGUCGUCACAUGGAAGUAAUGGAUUCUGACGGAGAACUAUGAUAUUUAUUAAUUUUCCUUUUGAUAUACCAUUUUGUGCAAAGAAUGUUUGUUAGAAUAGAUGGCCUUGUAUGUCUCUAAAAACAAGUUACUGUCAAUCUAAUAAAUGUAAUUCUUUUGGUGA